AUGGGUUCAAUUGAAGCCGCGAUAGAAGCAAUCAACUCGUUGAAGAUUGGCGAUUCAAUUAAUUAUACUAAGAUUGCAAAAGAGUUUGGUGUUGAUCGGACAACGCUAUCAAGACGCCACCGCGGGGUACAGCGCCCUAGGGACCACCAAUAUGAGCAACAGCGAGUUCUUACCAACCAACAUGAAAAAGAACUAAUAAGCUAUAUCAAUAAGCUUACCGAGCGAGGCCUCUUCACGUCCCAUGAGAUGCUUCGGAAUUUUGCAAAGGAAAUUACUGGCGAGAAGCCUGGAAAACACUGGCCUGGGCGCUUUAUAAAGCGUCAUCAAGAUGACCUUAUCUCAACCUAUACAACAGCUAUUGAUGCCGCGCGAAAACGAGCCGAUUCCGCAUACAGAUACACUCUAUAUUUCGAGUUGUUAAGCCGGAAGAUGUAG